UAUUGAAAAUAAGAAAUAUGCACCGUUACCAUCAAAUGGCAGGAAUAAACAAAGUGAAGCGUCCAGUUGACGACGUAACCUGACAACGGCCAUCGAUCAAACAACACUCGAUACUUGUUUAUGCCUCAAAUUCAAAUUUGAAUUCAACACAAAAUAAACAACAAUGGAUAACGAUAACAAGGACGAUGAUGAUGUUGAGCCGGAGAACGUAAACACGGAAUUUGAAUCCGAUGCGGAUGCAGAGGACGAAACGGAAGCGGAGCCGGAGGACGGCGAUGUCGCUGAGGUGGAUAGCUGGGAGUCCUUUCAAGCGCACGUUGAUGCACUGGUGGUCAACGAGAAAUGCGACAAGUCCGUUCGCCUGCUGGACGAGCGACGUCAGAAUAUUGUGCAACGUGUGCGUCAAGUGCAGCGGGAGACGCCCAAGGGAUUCGCGGAGCGCUCCAUGGCCCAGAUGAGCAAAAUCGAUCAGCAGCUGGAGCUGUCGAGCACACGUCUUGGCCAACUGGUGCGCUUUGGGAAUGAGCUGGUGACCAACAUUCGUGUGGCGAACGAGAGACGCGAAUUGAAUCGUCGGCUGUUUGAGGCGUCGCAGCAGAAGGAGAUGACCCGGAAUUUGGAGUGUGAGAAUGUGGAGUCUUUGGCCAAGUUUGAUGACAUCAAGGCCCGUUGGACCGAGCUGAAUGAGAUCAAUGAGCCGAUGCUGCUCUGGGAUCAGAUCGAGGAUCAAAAGAAACGCAUUGGCGAGAUCAUGGCUCGCAAGGAUGAGAUGAUAGCCGCCUGUCAACAGGAGAUCGAUCGCAUGAAUGCCAAAUACGAGUUCGAUCGCCAACGCCAGGCGGCCGAUCUCUGUUGUCUCGUGGAGCGUGUGGACAACCAGGUGGAGACACUAAAGGAGUCGUAUAAACAGCAUCUGGAGAUGCUGCGCAACACCGUCGAGGAUGAGCGUCAGACCUUCUCACUGACGGCGGCCGAGAAGUGGCGCAGUUUCUUCAAUGCCCUCAACACCAACUUUGAGGAGAAAUCCAAAUUGGUGCGGGUGCGGGAACAGUUCUAUUCGCUGCAGACCCAACUGCUGCAGGAUUCCCAGGAUGAGUUGACCAAACAGACGCGUGUACGCCUCGAGAAGGAGUGUGAACGGCUGGAGCUCGAACUGCGCCGUACACGGGAUAAUGUGCUGAUGAACUCGGAGAAACUGGACUACAACUAUCAAGUGUUGCAGCGACGCAACGAUGAGAACACCAUCAUCACCAAUCAGCAGAAACGCCGUGUGGCACGUCUCUAUGAGACGGUGGCACGUACCCGGCGUAACUUCAAGCACGUCUUUCACAGCGGUCGUCGCACCAUACUCAAGCUGACCAACGAGAUCCAACAGCUCCAUGGCAGCAUCAGUGAAAUGGAGGCAAAGGCUCUGCACACCCGCAACAUCAAUCGGGAGAAGUUCAACCGGGUGUGGAACAUCAACUAUGAUGAGAUCACUGAUCUACUCACACGCAUCUUUGAGAUCGAUCGUGUGUUGCAUGAACAGCAGCUGGUGAUGCCGUGGCAGAAGCCCAACAUCAAUAUCGAGAACAUUAAUAAGCCGGCUGCCAAGCGUCCAGUUAAUCCCAUGGAUCGCAUCGAGCGUCGCUUUGGCAAGCUGCCCAAGAAGUAUGGCGGAUCCGGGUAUAGUCCCACGGCCGAUACGGAUCGAUCGCGUGGUCCCAUGCAGGAGUUGCCACCGGAAUCCGCACGUCUCAUGCGCAAUAUUCUACGCAAGCUGGCGGAUCGUGGUGGAUUUCUGAUCGAGGAGCGUCUGCUGAAGAUCCUACGGCCGUAUACGGAGCGGGAGCAGACGAUGGUGCGCAUCGAUAACAUAUUUGCCGCACUGCGUAUACGCAAUCUGGAUCAUGUGAUGGAGCUGACGCGCGUUUUUGAGCCGUACACCUAUUGUCCCACCUGCCAGCCGGCGGGUCUCAGUCCCAUGAAGUGUGCCGAGGUCUUCCUCAAGGAUCAGAAGCAAUCGCGUUCCCUCAAACUGGGCGAUGUUAAUAAUCUGGAUCAGGCAUUGCUCAAAGGUCGCGCCACCGACACUCAGACAUUUCUGGUCAAGGGGAAUCCCCGGGACACGUGCACCAAUCAUUAUUUGGUCAUGGAACCGGCUUUGGUGCUCCAUGCCAUGAAUCUCUAUACGAAUCAAAAGCACAAGCAGAAAUACGGCAGCUCUUCGGAGACGAGUCUCGAAACGGAACUCAUCCAUUUCAACGAUGUGCAAAUUCAAACAUUUUGGCGCCAAUUCACCAACAUCUUUCCAGCCUCGAAGACGCAUCUGUGGAAGACUCUCGAGCAUGGACUCAAUCACUAUGUUGAAGUGCUCAAGAUGCGAGUUCAAUACGAUGCCGAGGUCGUCUUUCUGCGUCGCCAGAAUGAGGAGCUUCGUCAUCUGCUGCAAAAGUUCAAAGUAUAAAUUAUCAAUUAUAAUUCACACAUUUCACAUGUUCCUCUUCUUCUUCUUCUUCUUCUUCUAAAUAUCAAAUUCAAUUGUAUGCAAAUACAUCAGUCAAUUACGCUUUGCUGCUCAUUAAAUAAACCAUUUCAAAAUAUA